AUGUCAAAAGAUGAUACUGAUGAAUUAUUAUUGACAUUAGAAGGGAAUGAAUUAGCAAUGAUUAAUGCUUUAUAUGGUGAUGAUUUUGCAUUUAUUAUUGGAAAAAAUGAAUUUCGAUGCAAUAAAAUGUUAGCAAGUGCAUUUUGCUCAGAUAUAUAUGCCGCAUUAAAGAUUGAUCCUAUGCUCGAUUCUUUUACUCUUGAUUUAGAAAUCGAACCAGAAAUAAUUCAGAAAUUUGUAAAUUCAUUUAAAGGAGAAUGUGUUUCAUUCAAAGAAAACGAAUUAUACGACUUAAUUACAUUAGCUUGCAAGCUGAAUUCUGAUAAAAUUUCUCAGUUUGCUGUUAAAAAAUUAUUAGAUAGAGUCAAUCCAUCAAAUGCAUUUAAAAUAAUACAGAUUUGCAUUCAAAAUAAGAUAAAUUACGAAUAUGCGAAAGAUUAUUUAAUCAAAAACUUUACCCAGGUUAUUUCUAGCUCAAAUAAAAAUUUUCCAGAAUUAAGUCCAUCAUUCUAUCAAGAAGUUAUCAAUAAUCCUAAUUUAGAGUUCGAGCCUGGCUCCAUUGGAAUACUACUUGAUACACUUUAUUCAAAAUAUCCAAAAGUUUAUGAUAAUUUCAUAAACAAUCUUCAAUUCACAGAAAAACAGUUUGCCAGAUUGAUAGAAUUCUGUACUGAUACUAAUCUUCGAUUACAACUUACAAUUAAAUCAAUGAAUUUAAUUUCAAAAUUAAUCAACAGCGUUUCUAAGUUUGAUGAAAUGAAUUUGAUACUUCCUGAUAACCAAGGCGAUUUGGAUGGUAUUUUCAGUUAUUUGACUGAAUUAACAGGAGGAAAUCCUGCAUCAAACGGAACUGUUUCGAUUUUUGUAGAUUCGGAGCAGAAAUUUGUUCACGAUCUUAUAGAUUUUAAAGAUGGACUUCGGAGACACUACAAAAACGAUAAUACUGAUGAAUCAAAUUCUAUUAUAUUUGAUUUCAGGAAUAUGAGGAUCAAAUUGAUGUAUUAUACAAUUGUUAGUUGCUAUUGUCCAACAUUUGGUUGCGAUCCUAAAGAUUGGGAUAUUUAUAUUUCUGACGACGACAAAGAUUGGGAUCUUGUACAUUCUGUGAGAAAUGAUGACUCUUUGUGUGGUAGAUUCGUAGCAAAUACAUUUGAAAUUCCAAGUAAUACGAGAUUUUGCAAAUAUGUGAAAUACGUUCAAUUGGCAAACCAUACUCAUAACAAACUUCCAAUUAUACAUCUAAGUUGCUUUGAAUUAUUUGGUUAUAUUCGUGGUUUGAAUCAGUUGAUUUUGAUAAAUUCAAAGAUUGAUUCAAUUGAACAAGAAAACGAAUUAAAUGAUGAACCUGAAAUAAAUGGUCCCAAAAAUGUUUGA